GGCAUAGGUUCCACGCUACUUCCAGGGGGUGUCGGAGCUGUGUUCUUUCUUUUUUUUAUUGUUCUUCGCUUUGUACGACAAUGCCACCGUCGCAGUAUGCCUUGCUACCUGUCCCUGACGAAGGGCUUCUGGCUGAUGUAGGGCUCCAAUGGUCGGGAGGCUGACGGGAGAAGGUUCCUCGAACCGGGGCGAUGAUUUGGGUGGUCUUUGUUUCCCUACGAUGGGCGUUCGGACGAUGAAUCACGACGGAGAAAGGAUCCACGAGACCGAGAGACUAGAACAGAUUAGACCCAGUCAAGGAACGGCACCACCAUUAAUCAUGGACAGGAAGGAUGAAGAGGAAGAAGCUCAGGAAUUCAAACGGGGAGGCCAGAGGCCCGGUGGGUAACUUGGGUAUAAGAAAGAACUCGGGACACGUACCAUCCUGCUCU